UAACUUCAAACAUAACCUGUUUUCGAGUGAAUCUUUGACUGAGUUUGAAAGCCUCAAAAUGGCAAAAUUUUGUUUUGAUGCUGAAAAUGCUUUAAACUGUCCGAUCUGUCUGAAUCUGCUUACAGACCCAGUGACUACAUCUUGUGGCCACAGUUACUGUAUGGACUGCAUCGAGAGAUCCUGGGAUCAGGAGGUUUAUAAAGGAGUGUACAGCUGCCCCAAAUGCAGGACACAAUUCAACCAAAGACCAACUCUCAGCAGAAGCACAGUGCUAGCUGAAAUUGUAGGUGGAAUGAACCAGGAGGAUCCAGCUGGCCCUGAAGAUGUGCCGUGCGAUGUUUGAAAGGAAGAAAACUAAAAGCCAUCAAGUCUUGUCUGGUGUGUUUGGCUUCUUACUGCCAAUCUCACAUUCAGCCUCAUUAUGAGUCUGAAGCUUUUAGAAAGCACAAACUGGUAAAUGCUUCCUCAAAUCUACAGCAGCAGAUCUGCCCACAACAUCAUAAAGCGCUGGAGAUUUACUGUCAGGAUGACCAGAAGUGUAUAUGUGUAGUUUGUUUGGGGGGUCAGCACAGUGGACAUAAAACAGUCUCAGCUGCUGACGAAAUGGAUAAAAAACAGGAGGAGCUGAAAAUAAAACAGAUGGAUUUCAUGCAGGAGACUAAAGACAGAGAAAAGAGGGUUCAAAUGUUGAAGAAAGCUGUUGAGUCUCAUAAGGCGGCGGUGCAGAACAGUGAGAAAAUCUUUGAUGAGCUCAUCAGCUUCAUUCAGAAAAGACAAGCUGAGAUGAGAGAGAAGAUCAGUGCUCAAGAGAAGGAAGUACAAGAAGCUGAGAAUCACGUAAAGACACUGGAGCACGAGAUCAGAACUCUGCAGAAGGAUAACGAUACAUUGGAGCCACUUUUGAAAACAGAAGAUCACAUUCAUUUCUUCCAGAAUUACCCUUCCUGUUCGGAAUUCCUUUCAUACACAAUCUUAUUAAGGGAUUUUAAUAAUCUCAUGACAACUGAGAAUGUAAACAAAUCUCUCUCAGAAUUGAAAGAGCAACUGGAUAAAAUAUGUAAAGGACACAUGAGCAGAAAAUCAGUUGGUGAUAUUUUGAGGUCAAAAAGAGCUUCCAUUUUAAGAAGAAAAGCAAAUGUGAGGGAAAUUGAGCACUGUCAACUGGAUAUAAGUACUCAGUCAUCGGAGCGCCAUCAAUCGGAUAUAACAACUCGGCCUUUGGAGCGUCAUCAAUCGGACAUAAGACCUCGGACAAUGGCUUUCAACGAAACAGGGAAAGCAGUAUGGCCCAGACCGAAUCGCACUGAUCGGAUGUACAAUGAUUACUCAUACAUAUCUGAUGAUGAUGAUCUCUAUGGAUAGAUGGAGAUGUUUCCACUUAUCUCCUGAUGACCCUUUAAUCUGCAUGUGGAUUCUGGAACUCAUCAUUCCUUCACAGAGUACAGUGAAAGGUCAGAGUAUUACUGCACAAAAAAAAUGGAGAUGAUCUGAAUCUAAAGGACCUUGUUAUAGUGUUUAUUUAUUAGGCUAUUGUUGUCUUUUGCUUCCCUGUACAUAUAUGGCUUUAACAAACUAUUAUUCAUGGGGGUUUUUACAUAUUAUUAUGGGGUUUGUGAAAGCAAACCAGUCUACCUUUGGAAUUUUUCUGUCAUUCAAUAACAUUUAAAAACAAUGCUAAACAAAGUGCUGUUAAAUAUUAAUAUUAAAGGGUUAGUUCAAGUUUCAAGCUGUUUGAUGCCACUCAGCAAGAUAAUUAUAAUAAAAAGCGCAUCCAUUUAAAAAAGUGUCUUCACAUGGCUCCAGGGGCUGAACAAAGGGUGAACACGGGCCUUCUGUAGUGAAUUUUUGUGUUUUUGUAAGAACAAUAUCCAUUUUCGAAACAUAAUAAUCACUUAAAUCUAGCUUGCGCUCACAGCUGUAAAUGAAGCAGUUUUGGGGGAAUGAAGUAUGAGGUCAGAUUUGUGCAGCCGCCGAUGAAUCUCGUGAAAACCAACGUUUGUUAACAGGAGCAAAGGAAGCAAAGUUUCCUUACUUUUAGCAAAGGAAAACCAGUCUCCUCUUGGCUUAUAUCAAAAUCCUCCAACAUUCUUCUUUACAAAUCCACGUUUUGAACUUCUAAUUAGUGACUGUUGUUUUGUUUUGAUCUCUCCUCUGGGUUUCCGCGUGCAUCACUUCUGAACGGCGCAUGCGCAAAUCUGACCUCAUACGUCAUUCCCCUGAAACUGCUUUGUUUACAGCUGUGAGCGCAAGCUAGAUUAAAGUGAUUAUCGUAUUUUUCUGACUAUAAGUCGCACCUGAGUAUAAGUUGCAUCAGUCCAAAAAUACGUCAUGAUGAGGAAAAAAACAUAUACAAGUCGCACCGGACUAUAAGUCGCAUUUAUUUAAAACCAAGCACCAAGAGAAAACAUUACCGUCUCUCUUGGUUCAUGUCAAAUUAAUUUUGAUAAAUAAGUCGCACCUGACUAUAAGUCGCACGACCAACCAAGCUAUUAAAAAAAAGUGUGACUUAUAGUCUGGAAAAUACAGUAUUAUGUUUUGAAUAUGGAUAUUUUUUUUACAAAAAUGCAUCGAUUUGCUACAGGAGGCCUCACCACCCAGAGCCAUGUGAGACGCUUUUUUAAUGGAUUAUGUUUUUAUUAAACUUCUCAUGGACCGAUGGAGUGCAACACCUGCUGAGUGGCAUCAAACGGCUUGAAAGAUCAAAGACAAUUUUUAAAAUAACUCUAACUGAAUUUGUCAGAAAGAUACACCUAGGAUGACUUCAACAAACCCUUUAAGCAUGAAUAGAUUUGCACACAAACAACAAAACGAUUUACACAUAGACUGGGUAUUCUAAAUUUUAGAAGGUUUUAUCUGUUGGAUCACAUUUUAAACACCUGUAUUUCAUUUUUUUUAUUAUUUGAUAGCUGGCCAUUAGGUCGUGCUAUAAUAUGUGAACAUACUGUAUAUUUUUACUUGAAUUUUUCAGAAUAGAAUGUAAAUUCUUGAAUUCAAGUUACGCUAAUAAACUGAUCUACAUGGUUGAGGAAUUGUGUAUGAUUAUUAAAUAUUAAUUAAUAUGUUUAAAAUACCUUUAAUUAUUUAUUCAAAAUUGCUCCUGUUUUAUUUAAGCAGUUUGUGUGUUACAGUGAACAUGUCUUGGAUAAAUCACAUUCAGUAAUAAUGAACUAGAUUGAACUAGAUAGAACUAAAUGCAUAAGGAUAUCAGCACACACUGAGAACACAUCAGUGAAUGUAUUUAGUGAUCAGAUCAAAAUAUUUUAGACAUCAUUUACUGCUUUAUUUAUUACUGAUCAAAUAUGCUAUGUUAAAGAACAACAGCAUGCUAUAUUCAUCAGUUCAGACAAAGUGGUCCAUUUGGUGUGUUUUGGCAUGUGCUUCAUAUUGGAGGGGAAAAAGAGAUGUCUUGAACACUUUAAGGUAUUUUAGCACCUUAAAUGGGACAGACACUUCAUUGCAAUUACCAGAUUAUUGAUUACAUUUAAACCUAUGCCACUUGCUCCAGUGGAACACAAGAGAAGAUAUUACAAAUAAUGUUGGACCUCACUAACUGUUUAUAUAUACACACCUUUUAUUAAUUAAUUUAUUUGUUGUUCCAUGGAAGAAAGAAAUGCAUACAAUAUUGGGGUGAGUAUAUUAAUACUAAUAAUAACAAUAAUUUGCCUUUAUUGAUGUGAUGGCAUGAAUUUUCUGCAAAUCUUUGCCUUUUAUU